AUGUUCCCACUCAGCUGGACCAUCCCGGCCUCCAUCCUCCUCGGGGGGGCCACCACCGUCUCGGCCGCCAGCACCGGCGUGACGACGCGGUACUGGGACUGCUGCAAACCGUCCUGCGCCUGGUCCGAGAAAGCGUCCGUCACCAGCCCCGUGGGCACCUGCGACAUCAACGACAGCCCAAUCACCGAUGUCGACGCCAAAUCGGCCUGUGACGGCGGGGACGCGUACUACUGCUCCAACCAAAGCCCCUGGUCCAUCGACGACACGUUGUCGUACGGAUUCGCUGCAGCCAAGCUGUCCGGAAAGUCCGAGUCCGACUGGUGCUGCGGAUGCUACAAACUGACCUUCACCUCGACCGCCGUCUCGGGCAAGUCCAUGAUCGUGCAAAUCACCAACACGGGCGGCGACCUCGGCGACAACCACUUCGACCUCGCCAUGCCGGGCGGCGGCGUCGGCGCCUUCGACGGCUGCUCCAAGCAGUGGUCCGGCGCCGACCUCGGCGACCGCUACGGCGGCUUCUCGUCGGCGGCGCAGUGCGACGCCCUGCCCGCCGCCUUCCAGGCCGGCUGCCGCUGGCGCUUCGACUGGUUCGAGAACGCCGACAACCCGGCCGUCGAGUGGGAGGAGGUCGACUGCCCGGCUGAACUGACGGCCAAGACGGGGUGUCAGAGGACUUGA